AGUUCUAAAAGCUCCUGACGUAGGCGGGAGAACGGCUAGCAACAGUUGCCUCGAGACCCCCGCGCUCGCGCUCCAUAGCGACUGUAGUCGUGGAGACCGUUUCUUACCAACAGCGAAGAGCAACAGCAGCAGCAGCAGCAGCGGAAACUGGAGCCGAAGCUCCAGUGAGUGUGUGUGUGUGUGUGUGUGUGUGUGUGAGUGUGUGUGUGUGUGAGAGAGAGAGAGUGUGUGUGUGAAUGUGUGUGUGUGUGAGAGAGAGAGAGAAAGAAAGAAAGAAAGAAAAGACAACAACCAGAAAGCUGCGAAACACAAGUAAAUCUGGAGUGGAGGGCGAUAUAGAAGACCGAGCUGAAGUGUUUCCCAGCUCUUUCAGAGGCAACAGAGAGAGAGAGAGAACAUCAUGCAGAACUCAGAGGGCGGCUCGGAGGCAGCUGCCACAGUGGCGCUACAGACGACCACUUCGGCCCAGGCACCAGUUGUUCAACCUGUACCUCCGUCGCAACAGCGAGUGUUAGUCCAGGCCACAGGCUCGUCCCCAAAGCCACAGGUCCAGCAGCUGUCUAGAGUGCAACAGGUUCCUCAGCAGGUGCAGCACGUACAGCACGUAUACCCCACCCAGGUGCAGUAUGUCGAAGGCGGAGAGACCAUCUACCCCAACGGCACCAUCCGCACGGCGUACACCUAUAACCAUGAUGCCCAGCUGUACGGUCAGGCCAGCGGUAACUCCUACUUUGACACUCAGGCAGGGGCGACGCAGGUCACCACGGUGGUCUCCUCGGCCAGCAGCGUGCCCUCCCACAGCAUGGUGGGCAUCGCCAUGGACGUGGGCGGCAGCCAUGUGAUCUCCAGCAGCGGCGCUUAUCUUAUCCACGGGGGCAUGGACGGCCGCCACCACGCCACUCCGUCCUCCCGCUCUUCCUCUGCAAUGCUUGAAAUGGCGAUUGAAAACCUCCAAAAGUCUGAAGGGAUUGCUUCUCACAAGAGCAUCCUGCUCAACAGCCAUCUGCAGUGGCUUUUGGAUAACUACGAGACGGCGGAAGGAGUGAGUCUGGCACGCUGCUCCCUCUAUAACCACUACCUGCGUCACUGCCACGAGCAGAAGCUGGACCCGGUCAACGCCGCCUCCUUCGGCAAACUCAUCCGCUCGGUGUUCAUGGGGCUACGGACACGUCGUCUCGGCACCAGGGGAAACUCGAAGUACCACUACUACGGCAUCCGCGUGAAGCCCGACUCUCCUCUCAACCAAAUGCAGGACGACACUCAGUACAUGGCCAUGAGACAGCAGCCCAUCCACCACAAACAGAGGUUUAAGCCGCUGCAGAAGAUGGGUGGCAUGAGCGAUUGCAUUUCCUUCGGCUCACAGCACUCCAGCAGCACACCGGAGCAGAGCGUGGCCGCUCAGAGCCAACACCACCAACAGUACAUCGACGUGUCCCACGCCCUGCCCCCGUUCCCCUCUCUCGAACUGGACUCCUGUCCGCUGCCGGAGCGCAUCACCAUGAACGACGUGAAGAAGCUACAGAGCAUCUACAGGGACCACUGUGAGGCCACUCUAGACGUGGUGAUGAAUCUGCAGUUUCACUUCAUCGAGAAGCUGUGGCAGACCUUCUGGUAUUCAGCACUGCCAUCUAGUGACGGCAGCACCACCACCAUCCCCAGCAGUGAUGAGGAACUCGAAGGCGUGAUCCCGAGGGAGAAGCUGAUCGCGCUGUGUAAGUUCGAGCCAGUGAAGCAGUGGAUGAGGAGCUGUGAUCACAUCCUGUACCAGGCGCUGGUGGAGAUCCUCAUCCCCGAUGUCCUGCGGCCCGUUCCCAGUACUCUCACUCAGGCUAUUAGAAACUUUGCUAAGAGCCUGGAGGGCUGGUUGACUUCAGCGAUGAGUAACUUCCCCCAGGAGAUCGUCCGCACCAAGGCCGCAGUGGUGAGUGCGUUUGCGCAGACGCUGCGCAGGUACACCUCUCUGAACCACCUGGCGCAGGCGGCUCGGGCUGUGCUGCAGAACACGUCUCAGAUCAACCAGAUGCUCAGCGACCUCAACCGCGUCGACUUCGCCAACGUGCAGGAGCAGGCAUCAUGGGUGUGUCAGUGUGACGAGAGCGUGGUGCAGCGUCUGGAGCAGGAUUUUAAGAUGACCCUGCAGCAGCAGAGCUCUCUGGACCAGUGGGCCGCGUGGCUGGACAGCGUGGUGAGUCAGGUGCUGAAACCACACGAGGGCAGUCCCAGCUUCCCCCGCGCCGCACGCCAGUUCCUCCUCAAGUGGUCCUUCUACAGCUCCAUGGUGAUCAGAGACCUGACUCUGCGCAGCGCGGCGAGUUUCGGCUCUUUCCACCUGAUCCGCCUGCUGUACGACGAGUACAUGUUCUACCUGGUGGAGCACCGCGUCGCCCUGGCAACCGGAGAAACCCCCAUCGCCGUCAUGGGAGAGUUCAAUGACCACAGUUUGAUGAUGCCGUCUCUCAUGGAGAAAGAUGCGUCAUUCUCAGACGACAUGAGCGACCUGGGCAGCGACGCAGACGUGUCCCGGGGGACGUGUGAGCCCACCGUGAAGAGCGAGAGAAUCGAGAUUAAUCACACUCUGCAGGAGAUCUGAAGUCGGUCCAGUGUGUGUGUGUGUGUGUGUGUGUGUGUGUGUGAGCGAAUGUGUGUGUUUACAUAUGAGCAAACAUAUGAGUCCAGCGUUCUGCUAGUGUGAGUCGAUGUAACACCGGCUGGAUUCUUUUUGUUUGUAACUAAUACAGUCUAGAGGCUUUUAUAGUUUGUGCUCGAGGUUCGUUUUCUUUUCUUUUUUCCUUUCUUCUUCUCCUCCUCCUCUGUGCCUAUGUGUGUGUGUGUGUGUGUGUGUGUGUGUUUAAUUAGUGCCAUAGUGUCCUUUCAGUGCCUUAGACGAGAGCAGAAAGCACCAGAGCACACUCUGUGCCUGUCCCGCGGUACGACCGGCUCGUCUCUCGAGCACCCUCGACCCCCCUGUAGCGUUGUAGGGACGCGACCGCUCGGGUUCCACGCAAAAAACACAAACGCGCCACGAUGACCGACCCCCCCCCCCCGACGAAAAAGAGACGAGCCUUCGAUACCUCGACUGUUUCCGUGAUUUCGCAUCCGACGUGUCAAUCGACAUUUUCUCAAAUCAGGCACAGCUAUCCAAACGAUCGGCUCGGCCCGGACGGUUCCUCGGACCGAUCCUACGGCGCCGGCGCAACGGAGGUUUCAUCUUUAUCGAACCGAACGGCCCAUUCGCACACUGAUCCAUUAUUUAGUGUGUAACUAGUAAGCUUUACAAAGCUGCUAGUGUUUCGUAUAAGAACUAGAAGAAGAAAAAAAGGAUGUGGGCGUGGACACAAGGCCACGCCCACAGGGUAGCUGUAUUUCUACACGACGACAAGAGUAACAAACGACAUCGGAAACGAGCGACGCGUCUCCUGCUGGUGUGAACGCCGGGUCAACGCUUUCGUCACAGUAACGACCCGAGUCGAGGCGCUCCAGCCUCUUUCAUUUCCCCCGGAGGAUGUAAAAGGACGGACGGACGGACGGAUAGAAGUGUUCUCGUGCUGCGAGCGUGGAACCGAACGUCAGUCUGAGCUCGCUGGUUUGUUCUGAACAAUGCCUCUCGCACAUAAACGUAGGAUUUUAAACCUUUUGCGUAACACGAACGUUUUUAAUAGAUUCAAUUAAAAAAAAAAAAAAAAGUAUAAAUAAAUAAAGAGUUACACUUUUAAAUGGAACGAUUAUACCUUAUUGUACGAUACGAACUCUCAAGAGUUCGUUCACCCCGAAACUGAAAUAUGCACACGCACGCACGCACGCACGCCGCCUCGGUGCUGGAUUUCCCGCCGUGCUUCUCGUCCUCGUCGUAUGAAAACGUGUCUAUUUAUAUCAGACGGAACAGUGCCGGAUUCUUCCUGUUAAACUCUUUAUCUGUUCGUUUUUCGUUCACAAUCUUAGGAUUUUAGGAAUGGAUCUCCCAGGUUUGUCCCUCGCGUCUCCUUUCUUUCUCCGUGUUUACAGAUGCAGUACCAAUUGUGCUUUCUUUUUAAAAUAAAUUAAUUCAUUCAUUUCCCGCUGUGAUUUUUACUCCCCCUCCCCCUCCCCCGGGAUGUGAUUUGUCGUCUCCGUGGCCUUUUUAUCGGUUAUGAACACUUCAGGCUGUUAGUGCGUUUAAGGAACUUUGUGUAACUUGGUAAUAGUUUGUUUUUUUUGUUUUUUUGUAUCGCUGUUUUAGAUGGAUUAUUUUUUAUUUUUUAUGGGAGUAGAUACGAUUCUUCUCACAACUAUAUUUUGAGGAAAAAAACAAAACAAAACCAGCGUUCGUGAAUAUUCUUACCUAGGCUGAGAACAGACCGCCGUCUGUAAUAAAAUCUUACUUCGGUUGUAUUUUGUACUGUUUAAAAAAAAUAAAUAAGUAAAUAAAGAAGUGUAAUAAAUUGGUGUAAACCGCUUAACGAUCACA